AUGCUCCAAGUUCUUCAGUAUCAACCAAAUGUAAUUUAUUUGAAAGGCAAAGAUAUACCUGUCGCAGACACACUCAGCCGUGACUGUCACAACCCAAAAAAUACAGAAAAAGAUGACGAGCUAGAAGUGCAUGAAAUUCUACAAUUAACAGAUAUAACAAAAAAACGACUACAAGAAGCAACAAAGAAUGAAAAAAAAAAAAAUCUACAAAAUGUUUUGCAAUACGUAAAUUCUGAGUGGCCUGAUACAAUUCAAUACGUUCCGAACGAGAUUAAAAAUUAUUGGACGUUUCGAGAAUCGCUCAGCAGCAAUGAUGGUCUACUUUUCAAAGGAUCCAAAGUCGUCGUUCCAGAUGACAUGAAGAAGGAGAUGAUGCAUAAAGUCCACCAAGCUCAUUUUGGCAUUGAUCGGACACUCAACAGUGCACGCGAACAACUUUUUUGGAUCAAGAUGACGACCGAAAUCACGAAAUACGUUGAAUCCUGCAAUAGCUAUUCCGGUUACUUUGAUUUUGUUAAGUUAAAGCAAUCAUCCAGCGCAGAAGUCAUACUCCAACUCAAAAAGAUGUUUGCCGUCCAUGGGAUACCGUUUAUCUUGGAAUCGGACAAUGGUCCCCAAUUUUCCUCCAAAGAGUUUAAAGCAUUUGCCAAAAAAUGGGACUUUACUCAUCAGACCUCAAGCCUGAGGUAUCCAAAAUCCAACGGUUUUGCCGAGAGGUUCGUCCAGGUGGCAAAAUCCCUACUUAAAAAGUGCCACAAAGACCAGUCAGACGUUUAUCUUGCUCUACUCAACUACCGCAACACACCUCGAAGCAACGAUUUGUUAUCGCCCAAUCAACGCUUGAUGAGCCGAAGAACCAGAAAAAAUAUACCAUCCAGUGAACAAUCGCUUAAACCUAAGGUUGUACAAAACGUACAACACAACCUCAUUGAAGCCCGGAACAGAAGCAAGUUCUAUGCUGAUAAAGGAAGUCACCAAAAACAACCCUUGCAACCCGGUGAAAAAAUCCGCAUUCAACAACCUAAUCGAAACUGA